AUGAGUGCCCCAAAUAUUCUAACGAUACCGGUUGAGUUGCGCGAACUCAUCUAUGGCUUCCUCUUCAGCAGCUACACUAUCCAGCAUGGUUUCAAACAUGCUAGCACUCCUAGCGACGACUCCGAGUCCUCUAAUCGCAUAGCGCUCCUGCUCUGUUGUCGCCAGAUCUUCGCCGAGGCGCACCGCCAUCUCCCGCUCAAUUGCACACUCCAUUUCCGCGGUACAGAGAAUUUGCUCGAGACGCUGCUUUCCGUCGAUCAGAGUGUGUUAACGCGUCUGCGCCAUGUCCGAGUGCGCGCGUAUCCCUUCCCGUUGUAUUCCUCAGGAAGCUCACAGUACUACCCGACCUACUAUGCAGCGAACGCGUUCACACUACUUCCAGGCCUCUGUCUGGACACCUUGGUCGUCGAAGACUGCUGGCACGGUUUCGGCAUGUGCGACGGUUGGCGAGAUGUCACAACCUAUUUCGAUAUCGAGACACUCUUGAAUAGCGACGCUUGGAAAGAACUGACAUACAUCACCCCGUGUACCGAUUUCAUCGCGUCCGGCUACGACCAUCGGCGUAAACGAUCGGCACAACCUGAGAACUGGGAUGCGCUGCUUAAGGAACGAGAUGGAGAGGAGUUCGGCGCAGAGGUCAAGAUGUACAUCGUUCCGUAUGUGCAGCAGACAGCGACUGGCGAUGAAAAGACUGAGGACGGGCGCACUAUGCAGCCCUGGACAGCGAAGCCGGGCCACGAGGUCAACGAGAAUUGGCGUAUCGCUGGGCCAGAACAGGACAUGAAAGGCGAAGUAAGGAUUAUAGCGAAAAGAGGCAAAAGGUCAAGGGCUGUACAACUAGGACUCGCUGGGAAGAAGACCUGGAAGGAAUUGAAGGGGAAAGAGCUAGGUGGCUUUGCCCCCGAAGCUAUUAUCCAACUACUCGCCAUCGUUAUCAUGUCGACUCUACACGCUGGAUUGUCAAUCGCCCAGCAGUAUCCGCUACCCGUAACCUAUGAUACCGUUAUCCAGUCGCCUGCAGACCCGCGCAUCACCAUAUCCUACAAAACACCCGACGCCCACACAUGCGCAACGGCAUUUGAGACGCAGAAGCAGUAUACUGGAUAUGUCAACAUUCCCCCGUUCACGCUAUCGCCGGUCGAGCAAAACUACCCGAUCAACACCUUCUUCUGGUUCUUCGAAGCACGUGAAAAUCCGGAAACUGCUCCGUUGACCAUCUGGCUGAGUGGAGGACCUGGCAGUUCGAGUAUGAUUGGUCUCUUCUCAGAACUGGGACCGUGCGAGCUCGUAGAAGGGCCAAACAGCAGCUACGUCUCUCAGCCUAGGGUUUGGGGAUGGGACCGUAGCUCCAACAUACUCUUCAUCGAUCAACCUACGCAGGUCGGCUUCUCGUACGAUGAGCGCCUCAACGUUUCGGUCGACUUCAGCAAAGGCUAUUGGGCGGAUCUAGACCAGCGCAUAGAACCUUCUCCGCUUCCCACCGACGUCCCGGAAUGGCGCUUCAAGAACGGCACUUUCCCGUCUGCCAGCUCUAAGAAAACCGAGAACUUGACCGUUAUUGCCGCGGAUUCCUCGUGGCACUUCCUUCAAGGCUUCUUGUCAGCCUUUCCCCAGUACAAUCCUGGUGUUCGACCCGACAACGACACCGUUAAACCCUCUGAGAUAAACCUGUUCGCUGAGAGCUAUGGAGGUGUUUAUGGUCCUGUCUUCGCAGAUCACUACGAAGAGCAGAACGAUCGUCGAAAGAAGGGCGAUCUUCCGGCUGAAACGUUGGAAAUACGCGUUGGUUCAGUGGGCAUCGUCAACGGUAUAAUGGAUGUCAGGACGUCAACAACCUCUGGCUUGCUUUUCGCAUACAAUAAUACCUACGGCAUCAACGGCUACGAUCUUACAACUUAUCAAAACGCGAUAGCAGAUGUUUACGCAGAAGGAGGUUGCGUAGAUUUGGUGGACCAGUGCGCUGCUUCGGCAGCUGCUAAUGAUCCCAAAGGUCUGGGUACCGUCCAGGAAGUUAACGACCUUUGCCUAAGUGCUCUCUUAACAUGCCAAGAAAAUGUUGGCCCCGCCUAUCUUCCUGGUAGGAGUAUCUACGACAUCCGAGCUCUCCCGACAGUUGGCCCUAGUGAUGCACUCGAGACGUAUCUAAACGAAGAACACGUUAUGCAAUCCGUGGGUGCUCCAGUCAACUUCACUUCUACAAAUGACAUGGUUUUGGAUGCUUUCAGCUACAACGGAGACUCCGCCCGCGGAGGCGCAUUGGAGGCUGUGGCAGACUUGCUCGCUCGCGGCAUCAAAGUCGGCCUCAUCUACGGUGACGCGGACAUCAUAUGCAACUGGUAUGGAGGACAGAACAACUCCCUCGAGAUCGCCAGUCGUGUCCCAGGCUAUGAGACCGCUUUCAAAGAGGCUGGAUACGCGGAAAUUCAGGUGAACGACUCUUACGUUGGCGGCGCUGUUCGUCAAUAUGGUAACCUGUCCUUUUCUCGGAUCUACGACGCCGGCCACUACGUACCGAAGUUUCAACCAGAGACCGCAUUUACCGUCUUCAGUCGCAUCAUUAAAGGCGAUGACAUCAGCACCGGUCGCAACGUCGACCUUUCCAGUUUCAGUACAGAAGGCCCUGGCACGUCUGAGCACAGGAAUGACCCGGGAGAGAGCCCUCCAUCAAUCUGCUGGAUUCGUCAAGCUAUCCUUGCCUGCACGGAGGAGGAAAACGCAGCUAUCAUCGCGGGCAAUGGUACCGUGAAGGCGGGCAUCUGGUAUCCAUCCGAGGAGAACGUGCCGACUAGCGCGGGUGAAUCCGAACUGCAGCCCACUGCGACAAACUCGGUGCCUCUGACUGGAGUAUACACCGCUACCGGCGACCAAAAAGUCAAGCAGACAUCUGGAGCAUCGGCACUUCGACUCAGCCUCCCAUUCCACCACUCGCGCCGCCAGAUCCUAAGCGAUCUAUUAUCUGAGCCGGAGGAUUCUUGCGACAAGAUCAGUAGCAUCAGGAACGGUCUCAUUGGUGGUCUUGCUGCAGCUGUAGCUCUGUUGCUACGACGUAAAGUCUACGAAGGACCUUUUCCGGAUGAUGCUGAAAAGGGUCCAAUUGUUGUCGAGCAAGUGAUUGAUGAUGAUCCGACACCAACGUCAACCAUUUUCGGCCGGCAAAUAACACACAUGGAAUCGAUACCUGAAGCAAGCCCUAGACCAAGCGAUGAUCUAGUAGACAGAGCAGCGAAACCAACCAAACCAGCAGCUAUGCCAACCGCAGAAGAAGAGACCCCUGUCCCGCCCGUGCAGCGAUCGGUCUCCCCGUCGCAACAAGCAGGCCCAUCAGCGCGCGUACCAACUAUCCCACCUACAGAAACUUCGCUUCUCCCACCCAACACAAGCGUUGUGGCGUGUCCCCAGAAAUCUCCCUCUGUGUCCGUGCCGCCAACCAGCACGCCGCCCUUCCAAUCUUCCACACCAACACCGCCAAUCAACACACCCACGCCCCCGCCACCAAAUCUAUCACCGCCUGUACCUGAGCCAACGCCUUCCCAAGCCCUGACUCCUGGAUCAACGAAGGAGUUGGUAAUGACUUGGGAUACAUCCUCAAUGCCCCAAGCGAACUGA